AUGAGGCCGCGUAAUUCCUCAAACCAAACAUUGUGAAUUGUCGGCUGUUCCUCAAAAUUCAAAUCCUUGCAUCAGCCUUGAAAUGGAUGACAAAGAGCAAUUUAUUCUAAACAACGAUUGUCUUUUAGAGAUAAUGAAAUACAUAGUGACUGACUCCGAUCUAUACAAAAGCGGCUUUCCGAAGUGUAGUGAUUUAUUCAACUUCCUGCUGGCUCAUGAAAUUUUCCUGGAACUGUUUAAGACGCAUUAUAACCAUGACUACUGGCGAAUUAAAGAGGGGCUUGCCAAGGCAUUGACACAACUGUUAAUAGAUCUGCGGGUGAAUAAAUUAUUACAUAAAAGCCAGGACUUGUUUUGGAGACACUACCUGCAAGAUAUCAGAAACAACAUGGACAUGUUUAAUGUUAAAUUAAUUUUUGAACCCAGCUCCGUGGUGGUUGCUGUAGAUCGGUUUGCCGGCGUCCCGUACAUGGGCAAAGAAGAAGGGCUCAGUUUAAACGAACAAAUAACAGCCGAAGCAUUGGUGGACAUUUGCAAGUGCAUGUCGCUGAAGCCAAAAUUGGUAUCGUUAGACCUCAGAAAAACCCAGGUGCAUGGAAGGCUAUCCGACAUCGCACCGCAUUGUGGCCAUCUUAAGGAGCUUGUAUUUAUGUGGAACCAGGAAGAUCUCGAAUAUGCGCCUCUGGUGAAAUUGCCCACGUUAGAUACAUUUACUAUCACCGGAGUUCAACUAAGCAGUGCGCGAUCUGAAAUUUUCAAAGCUAUACGAAAAUGGGAAAGACCCAAAUCUCUAAAGCCCUUGACAGCGUUACUGGUAGAUCGAUCAGUGGUUGGUCGAUCUCUUUUGCUUGCGACACAUGAAUCUUUAGAAUAUCUGCAUAUAUACCAGGAAAACAACGCCGUAUUCUUUAAAUCCGAGUACAAUUUAGGCGAAACGUCAGAAGAAAUGGAUCCAUUACAGGACCGUCUUAUAACUAUAGACGUAGAGGAAAAUGUCACCAUAAGGUUUGACAGGAACAGAGGAGAGCUUAGGAUGUGCAUGCCAAAUGAAGCCGACGCGAGCAAAUUAGUUUCACUACUGCAACUCCCAAAGCUAAAUCGCUUUUUCCUUACUAUUGGAAAAUACAACAUGUGGGGAUUGCUGGAAAAAAGCUUUACUGAUUUAAACAGAAAACCGGUUGGAAACGCAAUUAGACCAAUGCUGUCCUUUCCCUGGACCUACUUCGUGGUGAAAUAUAAACCAUUGGAUCGAUCUGAAGCACAGGACCUUGCUACCGUAAAAUCAAUCUCUUAUCUGUACUGCAGUCUAUCCGAUUGCGAAUCGAUGGAGCUCUUAAGCCAGCUAACUAACUUGCACUUCGUGAGCAUCGCAGUUCCCUCACAGUGCAGAACUGCUGCAACUGGAGUUUUAAGCCUGCUAUCCACAUGCAGAGUUAGUGCUGAAAUAGUGUGCAAUGAUUUUAAUAUUAGAUUUCGGAAGAUUGAACAGCGUCUUGAAAUUCAUUUGGAAAAGGACGGUAAGGCUGAUGUGCUUGCUCCUCUUGCCCAACUGAGGCACAUUAAAUGUCUCCAAAUAUCAGGAAUUACUCACCCAGGGUCCCUAAAUGAACUACUUGAAGCUUUCGCCAGCAGUAACUUGAAUGCAAUUGAAGAAUUGGAUAUUCAAUCGAGUGUAAAUCAUUUCAAAAAUGUGUCCAAAGUGGCAGAAAUUCAAACCAUCAAAAAACUAAAGCUCUCACUCAUGGAUCCCACCGGUAUUGAGGUAUUGGCCGCCUUGAAUAAUCUUGAGGAGUUGACUUUAAGCACCAAUAAUGCAGAAAAUCUCUCUGAUGCUUUUGCAGAACUCUCUUCGAAAAAUGUAAUUCAGUGCCUGAGAGUUCGAAAUACACCUCUUUCAGCUAAAGAAGUUGUAAAUGUUUCCAAAAUAGGUUCACUGAAAAAACUGGAGUGCGGUUUCUUGAACACAGACCCAGUGUCCCUGACCGAACUGGCCAACUCCCGGAUCGAAAACCUAACAGUGCAUCUGUUCUCUGCGUUUUCUCUAAGUAGCACAACUAGACUUCAGACUCUAAAAGUCACGGGAAAAGCUCUUAGUAAAAGGGAUGUCCUGGAAAUUUUGAAAUUAAAGGAUCUGAGGAGUCUGAGUGCCGGAUUCCUUCACUCAAAAUGCUUGAAAUGGUUAAAACGGCUACCCCACCUAGAGCACCUUGCUGUGGAUUACUUCCAGCAAACUCGAAAGAACUCCUUGAAGUUUUUACCGUCCGCCCUUCAGAGACUAGAAUUGAAUUACAGUAUUGGUCCCAGCGCAUGUACACAUUUGGCUAAGCUGGAAUCGCUGGAGUCCUUAAAAUGCUCUCUGCUUGAAGGUCCGGGCAUAAAAUCAUUGGCCAAUAUAAGAAAUCUCAAGGAACUGGUUAUCCAUAAGGCCAGUGGAUUGCUUCAUGAACUGUUCGCGGCCUUUGCCGACAAAAGUGGAUCAACCUUACAAGAGCUGCAGACGCCAAACUUAAGGGAAACUGAAGAGUUUAAAGAGAUUUCACGUAUCGAAACACUAAAAUCUUUAAAUAUUUCCUACAACACAGUCUUCCACAACUUAAUAGCCCUGAGCCAGCUAAAAGAACUUAAGUCAUUGCGUAUAGCUGAUAACGUCUCAACAAAUUCGACAUAUAACGAGAAGUACUUACCGCUUUUCCAAUCCUGCCUAAAGCUCGAUUGCGUGACAAUUGAAAUGCGAAACGGUGUGGCUAAGGACUUGGUCAAAGAAAUUUACCCAGUUUUAAAAUCAGUAAGAGAUCCCGUGUCCCAGGGACCGUUGGAGCUCCACAUAUUGGAGGACACUUGUUUCCCCAGUUUUUAUGUGGAAGACAUAGACGAGGCUUACCUUAAGGUUUUCCAUACCUACAACCAGCGAACAACAGAUACUGCAUUCCAAAAAUCGCAGCACGAGCUCGCCGAACGCUUUACUAGACUCCAAAACCUAUUAGGAUCUUCAGGCUAACAAUCUGUAUUUUGCUUUCAAGCCCAUGCUAAA